UUUAGGUUUAGCGCAGCCGUGGCCCAAUGCAUACUCAGGCACGCUGUGCGCAUAGUGCUCAGUAGCAGCUACACUCAUGUCUCUGUAAUGUCGCGUACCUGUGCACAUUAGCGUUCCAGGAAAGGACAGCUCUCUGUGUCUGACUGUCUGCAGUGCCGAAAAAUUUGAUCUCUGCGAUGUCCAACUGCACAGGCCAUCCAGCAGAGGGCACACCUCUCAAGAGCGCUUCCGCGCCAUCCUCGUGGACAGUCUCUAUUGGAAAUCCUGCAAAGAAUGAGUAGCCCGCUGAGCAGGAGAUCCCAAACAUCAUCUCUCAGGUACCGCAAUUUGGACACCUGUUGUUCAGGCUAUGUCGCAUCGUCAUGCCGUACAAGCCCCUCCACUACCACCCAGCAUAUAAUGAUUUGCGAGUCGCACUACGUUUCAAACAAUAUAGGGAAAAGGAGAGACGUCUGGUACAAGCGGCAGCCAGAGAGAUGCGCUAACCCAAAAAAUCGGUCCUAAAUGCGCACAUAACAAUUACAAAGUCCAAAUUACCAUAUCCCACUAGAUAGUCUCUUUGUUUCUUUUUGUUACAGCAAUUGGCCGUGUGAGACUCGUCCAUACAGCAACAGCAGAACUAGCUACCUAUAGAAUUUGUUGGGCGGGUUGUUCUGCAGUGGUCAUGGCGUGUUACACCGCAGCUAGCUCUACCUGUAGUGCUACCUUUGGUGCUUCUGCUUCUGCCACUAUUAUUGGUUGCAACACCGCCUUUGGUACGUGCCAGGCUGCAUGUGCCGCCUUCCUUUUG